CGGGCUCCGUGGGGUGCUGCGGGGCCCGUGGGGUGCUGCGGGGCGCAGCCGGGUGUGGCGGUGCUGGGAGGGUGUUGCGCGGGGCGAGGGUGUCGGUGUCGGUGUCGGUGUCGGUGGGUGUCGCUGCGUCUGGCACUUGCACACGCUUGUGCUUCGCAUCCCGUCCCGACACCGGCCGUGGUCGCUGGGAGCGGGAGGCACUGGGAGCACUGGGACUGGGGCGCUGGGGACACCGGGAUGGGAGGAUCAGGGACGGGCACGCGGGCAAGGGGCGGGGGACAGGGACACUGGGAGCACUGGCAGGAGGCACUGGUGGCACUGGUAAGGGGCGCUGGUGGCACUGGGACAGGGUCACUGGGAGCACUGGGAGGAGGACUGGGGCCCUGUCCCCACGCUUGAAGCUGCACGGAGGGGACACCACCGCUGUCCCCAGUGUCUCCCAUGGUGCUGCACCCACGUCCCCUCCGCUCCCGCCUCAGUUUCCCCAGUAGAGAUUAACCCCUUGCAGCCCAGAGGGGUCCGGGCUCACUAGCAGCCCCACGUCUCCUUCGGGUGUCUGGGAAGAUGCUCGGGGUGCUGCUGGCCUUCGUCCUCAUCCUCAUCGUGGUCCCCGGGGCCCCCAGGGGAGUGGCGCAGUCCUUCCCACGGGACCUGGUGCCGCGCAGCACCGUGGGGCUGGCAGCCACCGCCACCUACCCCCGCUUUGGGGGUCUCCGGGGGGACAACGUCACCACCCAGCUCGGCCUCGACUUCCAGCGCAUGCUGCGCCUCAAUGGCACCCUCUUCGUCGCCGCACGGGACCACAUCUAUGCCUUCGACCUGGGGCAGGACAAGCGGGUGCUGUACCCUGAGCGGCAUCUCACUUGGGAGACGCGGGACAGAGAGAGCUGCGCCAUGCGGGGCAAGCUGCAGGACGGGUGCCACAACUACAUCCGCGUGCUGGUCCCGCGCGAUGCCCGCACCCUCUUCGCCGCGGAAACCACGCCUUCAACCCCCGUCUGCCGCAGCUACGAGGCGCGCAGCCUGCUGCAGGAGGGCGAGGAGGUGAGCGGCCAGGCCCGGUGCCCCUUCGACACCCGGCAGAGCAACGUCGCCCUCUUUGCUGAUGGCAGCCUCUACUCGGCCACCGUGGCUGACUUCCAGGCGAGCGACGCAGUCAUCUACCGGAGCCUGGGCGCCCGCAGCCCCCCGCUGCGCACCCUCAAGUACAGCUCCCGCUGGCUGCAGGAGCCCCACUUCGUCCAGGCGCUGCCCUAUGGCCCCUACAUCUACUUCUUCUUCCGGGAGAUCGCGGUGGAGCUCGGCGCGCUGGGCAAGGUGGCGGUGGCGCGGGUGGCCCGGGUGUGCCGCAACGACCGCGGGGGCUCCCCGCGGGUGCUCGAGCGCCGCUGGACAUCCUUCCUGAAGGCACGGCUGCAGUGCACCGUCCCUGGGGAUGCCGUCUUCUACUUUGACGUCCUGGAGGCCGUGACGCUGCCCCACGCCCUGCACGGGCGCCCUGCUGUCCUAGCCCUCUUCGGCACCCAGCCCAACAGCAUCCCUGGCUCAGCCGUCUGCGCCUUCUACCUGGCGGAUGUUGGAGCGGGCGUUCGGGGACACUUCGCUGAGCCCCGGGGUGCUGCGGGUGCCUGGCCCCCGUGCCCGAGGAGCGGGUGCCCCGGCCCAGGCCUGGCUGCUGUGCUGGGAUGGGCCCAGCCACUGCCAUUGUCACCUCCGGAGACUUCCCUGACGAGACGCUGGCCUUCGCCAAGGAGCACCCCGCUGCUGCACGGCGCCGUGGCCCCGCUGGGCGGACGGCCCCUCUUCACCCGCACCGGCACCAGGCUGACUCAGCUGGCAGUGGAUGUGGGCGCGGGGCCACGGGGGAACCACACUGUGCUCUUCCUGGGUGCCGAGGACGGGCGGGUGCUGAAGGUCCUGGCAGCCACACGUAGUCCUGGGGACGUCCAGAACGCUGGUGACACCGCAGCACCUGGUGACACUGGGGAGCCUGGUGCAGAGGUGCUGCUGCUGGAGGAGAUCAGCCUCUACGAGCCCAGGUGGUGCCGGGGGCCACGUGGUGCCAGCCGGGUGCUGGGGCUGGAGCUGCAUCCACCAGGCCAGGAGCUGUUCGUCGCCUUCGCCGGCUGUCUCGUGCGCCUGCCCCUGAGCCGCUGCGCCCAGCACGGGGCCUGCCGCCGGAGCUGCCUGGCUGCCCGGGACCCCUACUGUGUCUGGCUGCCCCCCGGGGGCUGCGUCCCCUUCUCCGAGGACCUCCCGGCUGGCUUCGAGCAGAUGUGGAGGGAUCCACCGGCUCACAGGGACCUGCCACGAUGCACCAGCUACAGGGGACGGUGACGGGGACAGGGACUUGGCCCACGGGGUGCGCCAGGCGGUGCCAGGGGCUGUGGCGGCGGUGCCGGUGCCGGUGCUGGUGGGCUGCGUGCUGGGUGCCUUCGUGCUGGGCGCCCUGGCUGCAGGGCUGCUGGCGGCCUGCACCCGCCGCCCUGCAGCACCCAAGGGUGCCCCGGCGCCCCCCGCCGCCCCGUGUCCCCACCCCAGCCGCCUACUCCCCGCCUCUACCCACCGCUGCCGCCCCACGGAGGGGACCGUGACUGGGACCACCCUGAGCUGCCCACCCCUGAGGCCACCCGGAGCCCCCGGCCAGGACACCCCGGGAGCGGGCAGCAGAGCCCCGACGUGGCCUCGGCACCCCGGGGUGUCCAGAGCCCCCCGGGCCAGGACCCCCGCCCAAGGCCUCCCUGGAGGAACGGCUGCAGAGGCUGC